AUGUAUGAAGGCAAACACAUACAUUUCUCAGAGGUGGACAAUAAGCCCUUGUGCUCGUACAGCCCAAAGCUCUGCAAGCAACGCAGACUCAAUGGCUACGCUUUCUGCAUACGGCACGUUCUGGAAGACAAGACCGCCCCCUUCAAGCAGUGUGAAUAUGUGGCCAAGUACAACAGCCAGCGGUGUACCAACCCCAUCCCGAAGUCCGAGGAUCGCAGGUACUGCAACAGCCACCUGCAGGUCCUCGGCUUCAUCCCCAAGAAGGAGCGCAAGAAGAAACACGACACUUUGGAAGAAAUGCGUUCGCGGGCUCACCUGGACUCGGUGGCCCUCAACAUCACGGUGCCCUCUUUACCUUUAGCUUCCAACGGUCUAAACAAACAUCCGCCAUCGCCGCCCUGCACGCGCCUGCUCGCCCUUCCCGAUGGGGAACUCCUGGAUCCGUUCGCCUUCUACGAGGAUGACACGGACGGGGAGGAGAUGGGUCCCCCUCGGAAAAGCAACGCCAUCAAGAAGAAAUUACAGAGCCGGCUGGUGCUGAACCAGAAAAUCUGCCAGGACGCGGCGGACCGUUUCCAGACACCUGAGCACUUUAAUCCCUCCCUUGUCCCCCGCGUCCACCCCUCGUCGCCGCUCACCACGCAACCCCCACGGCAGCAGUCAGGUCUUCUCCAGCCGCCCCCUCAGCAGGGUCUAUUAUGCAAUCCAGCACCACCUCAGACGGUCAACUUUAUGCCUCCUGGGAUCGCCGUCAGCGCAUCAGCCAAUCCUGCGCAGCCACCGGGUCCGUCACUAAGCAGGAAAACACCUUUGGCUUCCAAUCACACGCUGGUCAUGCGACCCAGCUCCUACUCGCCGUCACCUCGCUGCCUGGCCAGGUUGCAGCAUCUGGUGCAGCUUUGUGCCAAGAGACACCGAGAAUACGGAGACCUCUUUCCUCAUUUAGGUCUGGACUGGUCGGAGGACAGCGCCGAUAAUGACGACGACGAUGAAGAAGUUGAAGCCGAGAGAUUCGUUCCUGGCCUGAGCACUUGGAGACCGCAGAACGGUUUGGAGGACGACGCUGGCUCGGCGCGGAGAGCGCGACUGCUGAGGCUUUGCUCGUACCUGCAGCACAAGUACAAGCACAUGUGCAGGCAGGAGAGGGCGAGUAUCCGCCAAAGGAGGUACCGCUACGCCUUCCGCAAAGCCUUGGUGCACGCCGCCAGUAAGAACCCGGACUGUGCCGGGCAGCUCAUCCAGGAGUUGCGCGGUUCCUCUCAAAGCCCUUCAAGUUCUGGAUCAGAACGCCACCACAGUGAAGCAGCCACAAAAGCGCCCAACACAGACGCAGGGACGUGUACGGGUAGCACUCGAGGCCAACGCUGCGACAACAGAGCGCUGCCUUUCACCAAACACUGUUUUCAGCACAUUCUGUUGAAUCGCUCGCAGCAGCUAUUUGCAAGCUGCACAGCCAAGUUCGCAGACGGUCAGCAGUGCUCCGUUCCUGUGUUCGACAUCACGCAUCAGACGCCACUCUGUGAAGAGCAUGCCAAAAAAAUGGAUAAUUUCCUACGCGGGGACUGCAAUCGGCGAGUGCACCACCACCACCACCACCAUCAUCAUCACCACCACCACCAGCAGCAACAGCACCAACGUAAGCCGCGCAAAAAGACCAAACCGCCGGCACUCACCAAAAAACACAAGAAGAAGAGGAGAGUGCCGCGGCGGCCGCAGAAACCCAUUCCUCCCGCGUUGCCUCAGGGGUAUCUGGGAAUGCCGGCUAUGAGCCUAGCGAUGUCCACCCAGGCCAGCAUCAGGAGCCCCUCGACUCCAGAACUGAGUACGGACGAACUUCCGGAUGACAUCACCAAUGAAAUGGAAGACAUUCCAAACGACCUCGAGCUCAAUCAGGAGGAUUUUUCUGAUGUUCUACCGAGACUGCCUGAUGAUCUUCAGGAUUUCGACUUGUUUGAAGGCAAGAACGGAGAGUUGCUACCCACCACAGAGGAGGCUGAGGAGCUGGUGCGUGCCCUGCAGGCCAUGGGGUCCUAUCCGGACUCUCUCGUGUGCCUGACCUCCAUAGGAGACCUCAACCCAUCAGAAGGAGUGGACCACCGAGCCAUGGCGGUCUUUCCCGGUGCAGUCCAGCCGGGUGGCAUGGGGGAUAUCCUCCACAGUCGCCUCCAGACGGAGAACUUUGCUAGCCUGGAGCUGGAGGAGAACAUACUGCAAUCCGCCGCGAGUCACUUUCCCCCCUCGCCGCCAUCUCGGCCCACGGACCUGCCUCAAACGUCAGCUGCCGCCGCUGCCUUGGUUGCACCCCCGACUGGCUCCCUGGCCACUCAGGCCCCCGAGCGGACGUUCACCCGCACGCGGCCCCCUCACAUCCUGGCCAAGUCGGACGUGGCGGCGGUGGCGGCAUCCCCCUACAGCGACCAAAUACCCUCACCCCAAGCCGGCCCCUUCCAGACAGAUGCCCCUCUCCUGCUAGAACCCCCGCGCUCAUCGUGGAACAACCUUCCCCUCGCCGACCCGGCGCAGUUCGGGAAUCUCAUAGCGUCGGAAAGUCAUCUCAUAUCCACGUCGCUAUCCACCCCCCCUUCCGGCAGCCACUCGGUCAACUCUGUGACGCUGCAGCCUCUGGCCGCGCUCUCGGCCCUGCCUCAGAGCGGCCUGACGGGCUUGACCGCGCCCUCGGCCCCCGCUUGCUCGUCCCCGCACGAUCCCCUGACUUCCUUGCAGCCCAAACAGCAGCUCCCGCAGUUCAGCGCGGCCUUCGGUCACCAGUUGGCCUCGCACAGUGGCAUCCCCAACGACCUGCAGCCCAGCCACAGCUCCACGGCGCCUCCCGCCGGCUUCUCCAUAGUUAGUGCCACCACUGCAAGUGCCAAUGGUGCCUCCGCCCCUUUCACGCAAAGUAACUGAGCGCAGGCGACGACGGAAAGCUGUCAUUCAUACGCCAUCCUCCAUAUCUCGUUCAAGGUCCAUGGUGGAUAUCGAGAGUCUACUAGGUAACAUCUAGUGCUUUGCUGGUAGUACUAGCAAGGCACAGAUGUCAACUAGUGCACAAAUUCGCUUCACUAGGAAAAUGUCAGUGUCCUACAAGUGAGAUUUACUUUGCACCGGCGACGGCACACCCUGAGCCUUUGACUAAAUGCGGUAAUGGUGCACACAUUGGAUCAUGAUUUUGCACAACGCCAAGGGGUCUCAAAGACGUUGACGGAAGUACCUUGACUUAUAAGCUAGUUAGCAUUGAAUACCAUGUCAACUAGUGUAAUUUUGCCUCACUUGUGACAUCCGGGUCAUGAGAACAAAAAGCUUUCUCGCGAGCACAUGCACCUUAAGACGGAUAUCUAUUAAAUGCUCAAAUGGGUUUACGGAAAGCCGUUUGAGCAUUUUCUUGCGGUUAGACUAGUUGUCUAGAAGUGGCGCUACUCGUGGAAAGACGGUUGUUCUACUAGGUGUGCCAAUUUGUAUUACAAGUGAGGUUCGAAGUGUAUUAGUGCAUGAAUCUGGAUAGUUGGAAAUCAAGGAGUUUCAAAUUAAGCUCGCAAGUCAAGGUACUGCUGCAUGUGGGUUUUGGUGCACUUGUUUGAUUUUGUACGUUAGUCAAAGAUUAGAAGUGAAGCUGACAGAUGUGGCUGAAUCCCCAAAAACUUUUUCCCCCUUUCAAUCCUGAACAAGUCCCUCUCGCCUUUUGGUCAGCUGGCCACUGCAUCGUUUUCAUGUCCCACCUGUUUCAUACACUGCUUGUUUAAAACAAACAAACAAAAAAACGUAUAUAGACACAGUCACCCAAAUACUUUUAAAGCUGUUUUUAUAUUCUGUGUAUGCUGUAUAUGUGCUCAUUUAUCGGUUUGCGCAGAUUUUUCAAAUAAAUCUCUGACCUCACUGUCGGCUGUGCGACCCACUUCACAAAAGGUUUUUAAAUACUAAAGCAAUAAAUACAUUGACGCCAGUGUUGCUGAUAUUCGAGUGGUUCCAUGUAGCUUCGCCUGGUGAGUCCAGUGUGAUAACAGUCGCAGGGACUUUAAUGUCAAAUUUCCGAGGUGCUGACUGCUCCUUUAACUCUCUGCUGAUUUUUAGAUCUCUUUGAACGUUCAAGGGUGUUCAGACUGCGGCCUGGGGGCCACUUCUGGCCAGCCGUACAUUUUUUAUGCGAAGACAAAGAAACUUUUAACACUUAAAAAUUGUAAAAAAAAAAAAAAAUCUCUUUAUAACUCUCCAGUGCAAUAAAGAUAAUUUAGUUUCAGAAGCAAAAAAAAAGCCUCACUCCAAUUUCCAAUCUAUAUUAAAAUCUGAAUACCGUUUUUAGAUGAGUAGAGGCACAUUUAUUAAAAAAUGUUCCCACUUUUCCUUAAACUAUUGUAUUUGCAUUAUCUUUAUUAUGAAGCUGUGAGGUAGAAAUUUUCCAAAAUGAAUCAAAUUGCAAUUGUUUUUAGCAUUUUAAGAAUUGCAAAGUGGCCCUCUGAGGACAAGUUUGAACACCUUUGCGUCACAUCUGCAUUAAGACUUCUCAUUUGUCUCUCACCAGGGAACUGUAGCACAGUGCCAUUACUUGGGGUGUUUAAGAGGACUCGGUCAGUUUUUAAGCAUUUUUUGUCGGGGUGAAUGAUCAGGAUUUUAAAUGAAGGAAAAUAACAGUUGGGCAAUUCUGGUGAGGCAUUGUUGCGUAUUGGGUGUAUACCGUUAACGGGCUAUUGUCAGUGAAUUAUUGAGUAGCAAAUGGGCAGAAAUAGUCACUUGCGAUGUGUUCAGUGGAACGUGUAGAGUGUAGAACAAGUCUCAUGUUUUUAAAAUUGGUGAUCAAACGGGUUGUAAAAGCUCUCUGUUUGCUGUGUAUGUUGUCAUGUUAAGUAGUCCAAGAAUAUUUUUUUAAUAGCUAUCAAAACCCCAGAAGAGACUUGGUGCAUAUGAAAAGGUAUCGAAACAGGAAUCUAUUCAUCCCCCCCCUAAUAUUUAGCGGACGGACGGACGUAGUUCAAGGUGGAUUUGCACAGAAGUUAAAGGAUUUAAGCCUGCCGUGUGUGUCACUGCAUGUCUGUUCUGACGUGGUUUUUUUUUUUUUUUUAUUAAUAUAUACAUUUCCAUUUUUGCUUGCUCGUUAGCAACUCUUCACGCUCAUCGCCAGUUUCCAGCUGUGAGAAGGCCCAGUUCCUUCUCCUUUCCAAAGAGAACACACAUCAUUGUAGCUCCACCACAAACGCCUGCAGUGUUAUUACAUUAAGUGGAGAAAAACCUAUCGUAUCUAUAUAUAUUAUAUUUGGAUUGUUUCUUUGCCAGCUAAACAAGGUAAUUUUGCUGUAUUCUAUCCACAUUUAGCAUGAGUAGUCGCCACGCCCAAUUCACCCGACAUGAUGUAGAACAAAAACAAACAGGGCUCGUAGGCACCCGAUCGCUUGCAUUCAAAGAUGGCUGACAAAUUCCAUAUUCAUUGAAUGUACCGUCUUUUGGUUUUGAAAGCUAGGACGAGCGCAAAUCUAGUCACCUUUUGUUAACGCUCCUUGUUUUGUCUAAGGUAUUUUUUGUAUACAAAAGGUUUACAUUUUUAUGUCUAUUUUUCUUGUGUACAAGUUAUGUAAUAUGUGUACAAACACUGUAUGUAAUAUCUGUAUAUAGUGUGACAAAUUUGAUCUUUUGUUUUUGGAUGUAUAAAUAAAACUUGCUGUGAGGUAUUUGCUGACAAAGAAAUGAUGGAGUUUUUUUUUUUUUUUUUACCUAAUCUUAUUUACAGAUUAAUUGAUCCACUGUACCACAUAAUUUGAUGUUUUGCUAAAGCCAAUCAAGUUCCCUUAAUUUUCUUAACUCUAAAAACUUUUCAUCUCCAAUGUAAAGGUGAACAAAUACUGAAGGACAAUGUAAUGUAAAACAGUCAAACAUUCUCCCUGUAAUUCAUGUAUUUAUUGUUUUAUUUAUAAUGUUGGGACAAAAAAUAAAAUCUUGAAAUUUCA